AUGGCAUCAAAGUUCUUUGCGGUAGUGGCAGGCGUUGGUGCAGGAACAGGUCGAUCUGUGGCCCUGAGAUUUGCCAAGGCGUACCCAGUGGUUCUCCUGGCCCGCAAGCCGGAAAGUUACAACGACAUUGUUGCCGAGAUCAAGCAAGGGGGCGGCCAGGCCAUCGGCAUUAGCACCGACACGGCCGAUCCAAAGUCUGUUGCUUCGGCCUUCGAGACAAUCAAGAAGGAACUGCCGGAUAAGAAGCUCGCCGCUGCCGUCUUCAACGUCGGCGCUGGCCUGUCUCGCAAAGGCUUCCUCGAUCUCACGUUGGAUGACUUGCGUGCCAGUCUCGAGGGGAAUGCCCAUGGACUCUUUAAUUUCGCCAAACGCGUCGUACCGCUACUUCUAGAGUCGGUCGAUGAUUCUCCGCACCCUCCAACCCUCAUCAUCACUGGCGCCACAGCCUCGCUGAGGGGCUCCGUCAGGUUCGGCGACAUGGCAGCAGGCAAGUUUGCCGUGCGAGCUCUGGGCCAAUCGCUCGCUCGGGAAUUCGCACCCCAAGGCAUCCAUGUUGCCCACACAAUUGUCGAUGGUGUUAUCGACAUUCCUCGGACGAAGCACUAUGAGGUUAACGGAGGAAAGCCAGAUGGCAAGAUUGACCCCGACGCGGCAAAAUCUACACAGAUUGCUGAGAGUUACUGGUAUUUGCACACGCAGCCCAGAUCUCAUUUUACCCAGGAACUAGACAUUCGACCUUACGUCGAGAAGUUUUAA